CAUUCUGUUUUCAGCGUCCCUGUCAAGCCUGUGUGGAUGAUUUGCAUUUUGGGUUGGAAAUGAUUGGACUAGGUCAGUUUAGGGCUCCACUCACCCCUGGGUGGAGCGAGCACAGGCCCUAUAAAGAGGCUGCCUGCGGUGGCACUGCCAUCCUCCAGUGCCACUGCCAUCCUCCCGGCGGCGAGUUCUGAUAUACGCGGAGAACGCGGUUUUAAGACUCCAGAAAGAUGUCUUAUCAGCAGCAACAGUGCAAGCAGCCCUGCCAGCCACCUCCUGUGUGCCCACCGAAGUGCAUGGAGCCAUGCCCACCCCCAAAGUGCCCUGAGCCAUGCCCACCCCCAAAGUGCCCAGAGCCAUGCCCACCCCCAAAGUGCCCUGAGCCAUGCCCACCCCCAAAGUGCCCAGAGCCAUGCCCACCACCAAAGUGCCCUGAGCCAUGCCCACCUCAGCUGUGCCAGCAGCAAUGCCCACCUGUGCAACCUCCUCCGCCAUGCCAGCAGAAGUGCCCACCCAAGAGCAACUAACAGCAGGGACAGAGAAGAAUAAGGACAGCUGGCUCACCUCGUUCCCCAGCCCCUCCUUCAUCUUCUCUUCAGAGCCCAUCAUGGAUGCAGAAGAGGCUCUUCCUCCCUUCAGCCUGAUGUGCCCAUAACGAUUCCUGAUGGUGAUUGGUUUUCUUCCUGAGUCUCCUCUGGAAGGAAAGGAAGCUGAGAAAGGGCAGUCCUCCACUGCACCUGUGUUCCGUUCCCCAGCUUCAGAAGGAAGAGCAGCAGCUGUCCUCCUGAGGGGGAGGGAGGGCCACAGAGGGUUCCCUCAAUGGCUUCUGUGUCUUUGAUCUUGUGAUCUGGGCAGAGGGCUCCUACCACCUGAGCAACUGUACCUAUUCUUCCAUUUCCUGAAUAAAGCAUAUUUGUGAUGG